AUCACCCCAUUAAAUCUCACACGUGAGGAGCUCGUUACUUUUGAAGACUACUACCAAAUACUAAAUAGUAAAGUAAUAACAACUAGAGUGACUACGUGAAUGAUAUGUAAUUGGUGUGGCACUGAAGGUUGUUUUCGAAGUGAAUAUAACUUCGUUAAUGAUUUUAAUAAUUAAUCUUUUAUUAUUUAGAAAUAUUUCCACAUGUCUUACUCAGUUGUGAAGCAGUACCUGGAAAUUUCAGAAACCAACAAAACAGAAACUGGGCAGACAAAGUUAGCUGUUAAAAACAAGAAGCAAGCCCAAAAGUUUCUGUUAGAGCAACAGCGUACUGAGCAGGUCCGCAGACAGUACAAGCGGCAGCAGGAUCGGACAGAGGACAACCUCCGCAGACUGAACGCUCUGAGCCGUAACCGAGUGAGCAAGGACACAACAACUUCUAUUGUAAAAAGGGCCAAGAGAAGUAAAGAGGAACCAGAGAUUGUGAAACCGGAAGAAGGCACAGUGUUCACUGAGGAGGAUUUUGUUAUGUUCGAGCGUGAGUACGUCGUGGACUAGUGACAUGAACUCAUCAACGUGUGGG